AUGGAAACGAAGCAAGUAUUACUUCACACAACCUCUCAUAUCUCUCUCUUUUUCUGUUUUCUUUUCCAUCUCCCAUUUUUUUCUCCAGUGGAGUCUUCUAUGGGUCAAAAGAAAACAUUGUUCGUUUGCGUUGUUUUAAUGAUGGUGCUUUUUAAUGGGUUUAAUUGCGUCCAUGGACGAACCCUAAGAAACAUGAAAGUUGAUGAUAAGAUGAAUGUUGGUCAUGAUGAUAGCAAGACGAUGAAGGCUAUGAACAACGAUCUGAUAGUUGAUGAAAAGGCGGUCCAGCUCUCGCAGCCACCUCCGUCGCCACCACCGGAAGGUAAAUAUGCAGAAGAUUUCAGGCCUACAACACCUGGUCAUAGCCCUGGGAUUGGCCAUAGUUUAUCGCACAACUAAACUAAACAUUUCUAUGCAAUGGUUAAUCCACAUAUGCAUGUGUAUAUGUGUACUUGUGAUUUGUAAACGUAUGAUUUACUAUUGUCUUUUAAUCAUGUGCAUGCAGUUCCACUUAUAAUACGUACGUAACGAUGUUCGAUGAAAAAAAAUCUUCAAUUUACUUCUUGGAAUACAAAUGGUUUAGGUUUUCUUUUCCAGUCGAGGUUGAGUACAGAUGAUACCUCAUCAUGCGUAUAUAAGCAAUCAUUCGGAAACUACAACAUAUACACAUUGUUAAAUAUUGGCCACAAUAAUUAAUCAUAAGAACUGGUUAUUAGUUUAAGGUUUUAUAUAAAUAUUUGAAGUUUUAAAACACAGAUACAACGUUUAUGACUUUUAAACAUUGCUAAAACUAUCUACUUAAAAAUCUAUAAAAUUUGAUAUAAUAAUGAACUUGUUUUAUUAAUUCCAAAACAGAUAUCUAUAGAAAUAUUGUAGAGUUGUAAUUUGAAUUAUUACUAACUACUUCAUCAAUUUCGAUUUAAUUGUCGUUUUAGGUAAUUGCACACAAAUUAAGAAAAUAUUUAAUUUCGUAUAUUUCUAAUAGAAAACAUCAUUACCUAUACACCUAAUCAUAUUUCAACCAAUAAAAAAAAAUUGAUAGGAGAUUAAGAUUAAUAAGUUUUGCGAACUUUAAAACAUACUUGUUUUGUGACGAAUUUUUUUCUCUAGAACGACAAAUAAUUCGAAACAGAAUGAGUAAUAAAUAAAACAAUAGCCACUAUACGUAUUUUGUAUGCGUCAAAAAACCUUUAAAAGACAUAUAUAUUUUGUAUGCCAGAAUACUUUAAAAAGAUAUAUAUUUUUUGAUAAAUUGAAAACAUAUAUUUGAAUCACCCUAAAAAUCAAUAUAUAUAUAUAUAUAUAUAUAAUUUAUAAAAUAUAAUUAACUCUUUUUAACUCUGGAUGCUAAAAUGUCAAAGAAUCAGCAAGGCCUCACAUGCAAAAAUACCAUACAAAAAGACCUUACAAACUGUGGUGAGAUUCGUUUUCGUAAAUUUUUUUCUCUAUAUGAUGUUCUUAUAGUCAGAUCUGCUUAUAGUAUGUGUUAUAUGGUGAUAAAGCAACGGCAAUGGUGCUGCGGUGAACUGAGGGUUUACAAAUAACUAAAUGUUUACUUUGAACUUAUAUUAUAAAUAAAGACAUCUCUUGGUAAGUUGGUGUUUAAUUAUUUAUUCAUCAUAAUAAAGUUAUAAGUUAUAACUUUGAGGUUGAGGUUGAGAUUGUAAUGUUAAUUACUCUACUUUUUGUCAUCGUUAUGAAACAAUAGCAAAUUGCACUUCUACCUCCCAGCCUUUUGGCUUUUAUCACUUCCUCUCUUUUUUUGUCAACUCUUUUAUCACUUCCUCAAAAAGUAAUUGUGGCACCUCUGUCAAAAAAAUAAAUAAAUAUGGCAAAUGAUUUAUCGCAUAAAGAAUACAGGUUCCUGUGCAAAAUAUAUUGAAAGUAAAAGAAAAGUCAAGUGGUAGGAGACUGUGGUAGGCCUCUCGAAGGACUUCCCUGCGUCUGGGAACCAACCAAAUAAUUAA